AUUUGUCAAAUUGUCAGAUUUUGAAGUAAUUUUGUGAAUUUUUAAUGUAAUUAAUUAGUAAUUGCAACAAUUAUUGGUUUUGGUGUAAUUUAAUCGCACAAAAAGUUACCGCGACAGUGUAAAUGUUUAUCUUCUUGCAAAUAGAAGUCGCACCUUUCAAAUAUCGGAAAUUAUAAUGGUUUUCAGACGGUCGACGUAAUUGUAUUUUCAGCUGGCUUAGAGAUGUCCUCUCUUGCUAUUGAUUCUGAACUGAUGGCAUUCUAAACAGCUGUUUUAAAUUUAAACUACACAUUAUUUGCAACUGAGUAAGAUUCAAAAUGACACUAAUAGAAGGUGUAGGGGAUGAAGUGGUGCAAUUUUUGGUAGUAUUGCUUGUGGUGGUGGUAGCAUCAUUGGCUUGGUGGUCCACCAAUGCCAGACCUGACAGAUACCAAACAGUACUUGUCAUGAGGUCCCGCUCACACCACCCUGUCACAGUCAGUAUAGUUACAAGACCUAAUAUAAUCAAUUCUCGAGCUGUGUCAUCAUCAUCACAACAAGCAUCAUCACCAUCGCCAGAACCGAUAGCAGCAAACAAUACCAUAUCUGAAAGCGAGAGCAGAAGAGAGAACAGGGUGAUACCGCUUCAGGAGAUGGAUAGCAUCGUGGAUGCUGACAUGGCAAUGUUGGACAACAAUCGAUUGCACUUCUAUCGGAGGAUCGACUCGCCACAAAAUAAUCAAAGUGUAACAGAAACUUCUAAUGAUGAAACUGAAAGUACUGAAGAGCAGGAGCCAGCCAGCAAUGCACAGAUAAGAGAAAUGGAUAGUAUCGUCAGUGCUAUGGAAGCUGACGUCACAACUGGUUGUGACUUUUUCACUAGAUCUGGUGAAUCGAAUAGUAAACCAAGUUCUGCAAAACCAAACAACAUACAAGACAGUACUUCGACUGAACAAGAUGCUUCUGAAGUGAACAAUCCAGAGGGAAGUAGCUCUAACGAUGACUCCAUCCACAGGGACGAGAGGAAGAUUGUGAUCAAACUCAAAUACUUAAAUGAUACUCUCAAAGAAGUUGAGGGUAGUCUCGAUGAACUUCUGAAAGAUUUUAAGAGACGCCACUUCUCGGCGGAGCUGGGCGCGGAGCGGCGCGUGCGGCUCAUCUUCCGCGGCCGCGUGCUGGUCGACGAGGCGGCCACGCUGGGCGCGUGCGGGCUGCACCACCGCGCCGUGGUGCACUGCCUGGUGCACCCCUCGCGACCGCGCGCCCGCUCCCGCCCUGCCGCCGCGCAGCAGCAACCAAACGAGCAACUGCGCGCGACGCACGAGAUAGUGACGGAGGCGGCCGCGCCGGAGCGCGCGUGGGACUUGGAGAACAUCCUCAUGACGCUGGUCUCCGUCGCGCUCACCAUCGUGUGGUUCUUCAGGUGCGAGUAUUCGAACAUGUUCACGGCGAGCGCUAGUGUGGCGCUGUUCGGGCUGACGGUAUUCUACAGCGUGGCCAUCUUCGGCCUCUACCUCUCGGACACAUUCUACGCGGACCGGCGGCCGGCCGCGCCCGCACCCGUGCCCACCAACUGAACUAGCUGGAGGUCUUGCGCCUUAGCCAUGUGGCACGUCGAUUCUCUUUCUACAAACGCUAACGCUUCGAAAACCAACAAUGUAUGGGAAUGACAGAUCCGAUCGACAACUUGAUCACGUGACUUGUCGACAGAAAAUGUAAUCCCCACAGAUUUUUAAACUUUCGAAGCGUUUGUAGAAAGAGAAUCGACAUGGGUAAGGCCCCUUGUCUGUUUGUGUGUUGCUCCAAUCUGUUAGACAAUGAUAAGAAACAUACCUUCGUCAUUUUGUUAGCCCAUUACAGGGUUAAUUAACGAUAUUUUAUACUAGAGACUAGCAGACGCCGCGCGGUUUCACCUGCGUGGUUUCCGUUCCUGUAGUAAUAGGGGGAUAAUAUAUAUAGCCUUAUAGCCUUCCGCGAUAAAUGGGCUAUCUAACAUUAAAAUAAUUUUUCAAAUCGGACCAGUAGUACCUGAGAUUUGCGCGUUCAAACAAACAAACUCUUCAGUUUUUUUUUAAAAUUCAUUUAGUAGCUUAUUAAACAACGAACGUUAUUUAAACAAAUAAUAUCUAAAUAUUGUCUACAAUGUCGAAUUGUGUGUUCAGGAAGUGUAAAAACUAUAUACACAUAAAUAUAUAAUGAAUUUAACACAACAUUGUGUAUGUGUGUGUAUCAAAUUCGGAUCAUCAUUUUUGCGGUGAUUUUGUAGGCACGUAACAUAUCUAUAGUAUAAAAUAUCGUUGAGGCUAAUGGCCUCUUCUAUCUUGUAUGCCUUGCAUGCCUCAACAAUAUAUCUCGUAAAGAGAAAAAGCGUAUUGUCGACCAAUAGCAGCGUAUAGGAAAAUAUCUCCCUCUUUCGUUGCGAAGAGACGACAAUAUGGUUUAAUCUCAUCACGAAAUACCUCACAUUUUUUAGGACUACUGUAUAAGAAGGGGUAUUAUAAUUUGGGUGGUAAUGUUUUGAUUCUUUUAAGAUCACUAUUAGUAUCAGAUGUCAAUGGUUAUGCCCGAGACCGACGUCUUUUUGACCACCAGUCUGGCUGGUGGGAGGCUUCGGAUGUGGCUAGUUACCACCCUACCUGCAAAGACGUACCAAGUGAUUUAGCGUUGUAUCCUCCUUCUAACAUGUCAGCCCGCUUCCAUCUUAUCUUAUUACAUCUUCACUUACCAUCAGGUGAGAUUGCUUUGAGAUUGAUUUAGUCAAGGGCUAACUUAAAAGAAUAAAAAAAUAAGUCUUAACGGACUCUGGGAAGCACGGGCCUAUAACACAGCGGAUUCUCACAUUCCGGACCGCUAUUGUUCUUGAAAGAAUAAGAAUCUUACUAUAUUAUGGUAUGACUUAAACGUUUAUUAACUGUAAAUGGAAAAGUAUCAAUUAUGAAAAGGAUUGGAACUUAUAUGCAUUCAGGUUGACGGCUUGGUCUUACACAGGUGCGAAGUGCUGACUGGAUCGAACUUUCUGUAUAUGUCGAUUUCGAACAGUAACCAAAAUCAUAUAACAGAUUACACACUCAGUUUUGUGAUAUGACAUUAAUAAACAGUGAUGGUAUUGCGAAAUUAGUGAAACUUUUCAUAUUGGUGUAGGGAUAAAUUGUUCGGGUCUUUUUGAAAGUUUGAGCGAUAUUCUUGUAAAGGUCGAGGCACUAACAAAGACAAACCGCAAAACUCAGUCAUCAUCUGAACAAUACUAUGAACAAGGUAUGAAGUAUGAAGAUGUAACCACAACAUAUCUCUGGGCGAGAAAAAUACAAAAUGGCGACCAAAAGCAAAGGGAUCGAAAAAUCAAAAGAGAUUAUUCGACGAAAUGUCGGCUAAUCUUCACAAAACCUAUUGAAAGGAACAAAGUUAUUUGCUCGUAUGUUAGAUAUGUUUACCGUUAUUAAAGUUAUUUUCUUAUAAUACAAACACAAAAGCGUAUGUCUUCAUAUAUGAGGAUACGUGAACCCCGCCCACUUGGUCUUUCAGUUAGCUAAUAGUGAUUUGAAGUGGUUUCAAUCAAAUGUGUAAGUUGUCAUAAACUAAACUGAGGGUGUAACCUGACCAUUAAUUUAAUUAAUUAUAUUAACCUAACCGCCUUUUGUGAACUCUGUAAAAAUAUUGAGCAUGUAUAGUAAAUAAAAGCUAUCAACAAUAAACGGUUUCAUAGAUAACCAUAGUUUUACAUCAUCUUUCUAUUAUAUCGGAAUUCAAAGACAGUUUUUUUUUUCAAUUAUGAUCUCACGAAUAGGAUCGAUGUUUUGGAUUUUUCUUUUUUUAAUCAUUACGAUUUGUUAUUAUCUAAAGCAUGCAAGAAUACUUGAUUUACCAUUUUGCAAGGGAUAUAUACACAAUGAUGUCAGAAGAAAAAGAGUUAGAUUUAGAUAGGUUAUACGAACCGCAAGUGGCACGAUAAAACUAUGCUACUUAGCAAACCUGAGCUCAGUCGACGCGCCGUUGACAACGCCGCUGAAAUAUUUUUUGUGUGCCAGAUUUAAACAUCAAAUGUGGUUUAUGUAACCUAUCUACCUCUUUUUUCUUCUAACUUCAUUGAAUAUGUCUUAACACAUUUGCGAAUGGUUGAAACGAUAACUUUAAUAAAUAAAUCAAUCUGAUUAAUAAAUAAAUUUUAAUUAGCACUAGCAGUUUUUAUAAAUAUCGGUAUAGUAUAUGUUAUAAAUUGUAAUAAUUGUUAUGUUACUGUAAAAGCUUUACCAAAAUGUUGUGCAAAAUGUUUUACGUCAAACUUUGUGCGUGUUAUUUUGAAAAAACUAAAUAUCUGAACGCGGAUGAAAGGUACAAUAAGCGAUGUCAGGAAUUCUGAUUCGCACGAGGGAGAAAUACAUUUGGUAGCGAGUAAUCGAGUAAAACUACUUUGCGAUCUCCAAAAUGAGCGUUAAUUUCACUGUUUUUAGAUUUUUACCGUCACAUUUUUUAUAAUAUAAUCGGGAAUUUUAUCUGUACUUCACUAAUUUGUAUUGUAUGUUUUCUUCUCUUCUUUGUUGUGAGAUUCGUAGAGAUUUCCCAUUUGUCACACAAAAAGCCCAAUCGAUGGACUCGCCUAAACAACACUCUUAUUUGUGCAUUUUAAAUUGCAAUUUUUGACGAUAGAACCUUUUGCAUAAACGAAUUUAAAUCAAAGGUAUGUAUGCAUGUAUAUGUUUAAAAUUAUCUAUGUAUCACAGAACCAUGAUUACAAAGCACAAAUGCUUGAUUAUAUUCAAUUCCGACCGUCCAUGUAUUAAUCUCAAACAAUUAACUUAACCCAACAAUUAAAAUAUUAUAAGCUGCUGAAAAAAAAACUUUACUCGUAUCUAAUUAAGCUAUAUAGUAUUUUUUUUAAAAGAAAAGUUGUGUAAAAUAUAUUUCAUUAGUAGCUUUUUGGGUAGCAUUAUUGGCUAGAUGUGUAAUUUCAUAGAAAUCUUUUUCAGCAGCGUUAUCAAUAAGGGUUAAUAGGUACAGGCGGAGAAAUAUCCAGAGUUGUAACAAUCAUUCUUAUCCAUUUGUAAAUAAUAUAGAUUAUUUUUUUAUAUUUAUAUAGGUUCUAAGGUGAUUAUUUUGCACUGUCAGUUAUCAUAUAAACAUCUAUGGAUAGCUUAAUAAUAAUAUUUAAUAUUUCGUCAUUUAUGUACAUUCUUUCUGCUGUAAUGUAUUGUUAUUUAAUUUUCUAAGGUCCUGAAUUAAAAUUAUACUGAAGGCGAA